AUGUGCCCUGGUGUUUCCGACGACUUCAACGGUCUCAAGCCAGUAAAAGCUUGGCAACUUCAAACGUGCGACUCGGGAGAAUACUGUUGCCGCGGCGCCAAUGAUACGAAAAGCUGCUGCAACAACGCAAAGGCACCUCAAAUUACAACAGCCUUCAGCGCUACCCUCCAAUUACAAACCCCGACCGCGACCAUUGCUCCUACAGAAGUCGUCGCAACCGUGGUUUCCACUGGAACCCCCUUCGAAACCACUACCGCACCACGCGCCAAUGUCUGCGCAAAAGAGAAACGAGAAACAGCGAUAGUCGGCGGUACCAUCACAGGUGUAUGCAGCAUACUUAUAGUAGGCCUGGCUGCCACUAUCUACUGGAUGCAUAAGAGGGAGAAGAGACAGCGCAGGUUAAAGGAGCACUACGAGGAGCAAUUCUCGCAAACCAAUGCAUACCGAAAGGCGUUGGCGUCGAGCGCAGGAUCUUGCAGAGGCAGUAUUCUCCUGGACGAUCUAAAACUGAAGUCCAGUAGUUCGGAGUAA